GCUUCUCCCAAGUUUCUUUCUGAUCACGAUUUGAACGAACAUUUUUUCGUGGUUUAGUACUUCAGUUUGCUUGUAUGAUCGGACGAAAUAUUUUGCUCUGAUUUGUUUACAUAUAUCAGUGAACAUCGUAGAGUGAUUUUUAAAGAUGAACAUUCGGAGCUGUGCGUAAGCUAAACGUGUCAAUCAAUUUCCUUCUCUCACAUCUUUUAUAUGUGAAUGUACAAACGUGAAUAACUGUAACAAUAAAUCUUCACAUGCACGAUGACCACAUUAAGUGGAUUUAUAGAAUUCUUCCAGAAAGGCAAGACGUUUAGGCCAAAGAAAAAGUUUGCUCACGGAACAUUGCGUUACUCUUUACACAAGCAAGCUCAAGCUUCUCUCAAUUCUGGAAUCAAUCUAAGAUCUGUUGUUAAAUUGCCUCCCGGAGAAGAUAUGAAUGAUUGGAUCGCCGUUCAUGUUGUAGAUUUUUUUAAUAGAAUAAAUCUUAUAUAUGGUACUGUAUCCGAAUAUUGCGAUUCAGCGUCUUGUCCAACAAUGAGCGGUGGAGCACGUUUCGAAUAUUUGUGGGCAGACGGUGAAAAAUAUAAGAAGCCAACAGCAUUACCAGCGCCUCAAUAUGUUACUCUUCUUAUGGACUGGAUUGAAGCUCAAAUAAAUAACGAAACAGUUUUUCCAGUAUCAACAGAUGUGCCAUUUCCCAAAACGUUUGUGCCACUAUGUAGAAAAAUCUUGACGCGACUUUUUAGAGUUUUUGUCCACGUGUAUAUCCAUCAUUUUGAUCGCAUUGUAGCAAUAGGAGCAGAAGCACACGUGAAUACAUGUUACAAGCAUUUCUACUAUUUUGUAACAGAAUUUGAUUUAAUUAAUUCUAAAGAAUUAGAACCAUUAGCCGAGAUGACUGCUAAAGUUUGUAAGGAUAGUAUUUCUCCUACUCAAAACACAGUACCAAGCAAUCAAGGCAGAUAGUUAUUUCGUUGCCACAUUUGACAAAAUUGAUUAUUUCAAAUUAUAAUAGAACAACAAAACUUCCAGAAAGAUAAGAAAAAAAAA